AUGGGUCCCAUAGCCCUGGAUGAUGAUACUUCUCCAGACGACAGUGAGGGUCGUCUGUCAGCCCAGUGUUCGUCAAAGCCUCAUACACAUGCUCUUCACAUACCCUCGGGAAGCACAACACUGAUGCAAGGUUUGUGUGGUCCUAUGCUUCAAAGCGCUGGUUGGGAUUGUUGGUAUUCCGCCAGAAGCAGCGGCGGAAAUGAUGAUUUGAAGAAGCGCUCACUGACAAUUGACGUCAAUCACAAUCCAACCUUGGGCGUAUAUGUUCUUACUAAGCUACACAGGACCCUCGAGCUCUGA